AUGCAAAGCGCACCGCGACCACAAGUAGUUGCACGAGCGUCUACACAGUUGAAUGAAGCUCUGGCGGUGUCCGCUACCCCUGGCAUCGCUACCGUUGCGAGUGAUGACGAGGAAGAAAACAAAAUGGUCGAAGCGCUGGAGAAUUUGAUUCUCGAAGCGUACAACAAGAUGCAGAUUGACGGGGAGUGCAUUUUCCUGCCCGAAGAAGUCGCCGAGAAGCUUCAUCAAGCUGCUGAGCAGGUCUAUGUGCAAGACAACGGCGAGCAGCAGCAGAGGAAGGAAAAAGCAAGCGGUGGAAAGGGUAGCGGCACCAGUGGCACGGUUGAAAGUGAGGAUGCAUUGGAGGAGGCAGAGGUGAUGCUGCAGCAGCAACUGACGUCGGACAGACUAGAAACCGAGCAAGAAAAGGAGCAAGAGAAGCACGACACGAAACAUGUGGAGGCGAUUGAGAGGGAAAGUGUGCAGAAUCAGCUUGAGAGCGAGGGAAUGAGGAUACGCGGGAUGCAGGUGAUGCAGACCGGGGCAGUUGAGCUGCGCGAAGGAGAGCCCAAGCAGCGGGUUUCUCGAGUGCUCUCGACAGAGAAUGUUCGUACAGAGCUGCCGUCUGUAGCUGAAGUUGACGAGAGUGACUCGAGUGAUGCACCCUCAGCCUCGUCUUCGAUGCGCCUGCGAUCGCGUCAUGUGGUGGAUGUGCUGAAGCUGGGGACACAUGCACCAGCUCCAGGACCUGGCCACGUGCUUUCCUCGUCCGCCAUAUCAUCAAGCUCUACUUCUAGCAGUCUUACUGCAAGCACAAACCACAACGGAAGGUCUCUAGCAUCGAGACCAGCUGACUCACCUGGUGGUAGCAAACGGACGAGUAAAGGAGUGACUUACGAAUCGAGAAAGGAGGCCGCGCUGAAGCUCAAAGAAGACAAGAAGAAGCGUGAACUUCUCGCCCGCGAAGCUGCUCGGAACCAGCGAGAGGUGGCAAAGCGACAGCUCGAGGCGUUGCAGCAACAAAAGCUGGAGGAAAAACGUGAGCGUGCGCGACGAAUCCGAGAAGAGAGGCUGCACCGUCGUGCAGGGAAAUCGACAAGGACUACAGGACCGAAGGGAUCGGGAUAA